GGAGGAUUAAGCAAAAGUAUGGCGAACAAAUAUGUUUCAAAUAGAUACGAUAAAAUACUCUUUCUGCGAUUAUUCGUAGCAGCUAUAUCAUAUUUUAAUUCUUUUGAAUUGUUUAUAGGAUAUUUUUUCUAGUUUUAGUUUAAUUUGAUUCUUUUAGAUUCGAACGAUCAUCAUAAACUUGAACAAGUUCGUUCGUCUCCAAAAUUUGAAAAUCUUUUUAUUAAUAUUGAUUAUGAUCAAAUAAAAUUAUGUGAUUUUGGUGAUUUAAUAUGUUUAUCAAAUAUGAAAUAUGUUCGUCGUAUGAGUGGAAAUAUUCCUAUUCAUUAUAAAACGGAUAUCUGGUAA